AUGCUAUCCGACGGCAAUAAAAUCGCAAGAGCGGGCGACAAAAGGCGGCGCGACGAAGAGCUUCCUCGCGAUGAUCGCCCCCAUCAAGUUCGUCGACUCCAUGGCUCACAACAUGAGCCGGAUCGCCCACCUAGUGCAGCGGACUUUGCCGCUCUGCAAGCUCGAGUUGAUGCGAUUGAGAAAGAAUUCUGCAAUCAUCGCCAGAUCCCCAAUGACGACGACGAAAUGCUUAUGCUGACGCCGUCGGAUGAAAUUCACCUCAUCGAUGAUCCCGACGGCAGAUCUUCGCUAAGCGCCCUGUCUCGGGAGACUCAGUCCCAACAUAUCAACAGCGCUUUCCCAGCUUCUGCUUUUCUCGACGGCGAUUCUUAUCAUACUGAGUCGUCUUUUGAAGAAUUGUACCAACCAGUCAUCUCAAUACCUGAGGCUGUGCUAUCGAUCAUUAAUGAAAGUGAUAAGGUCAAAAGUGCCUGCGACGAGUACUUCAAAACCUUCCACGUCUGGUUUCGGUUCAUAUCCACCAAGAAGCAGCUGAAAGCUCCAUUUGCUAAGAGUUGUAAGCCGGACAUAGUUGCGCUUGCUCUGGCAAUGAGACUUGUUACGUCCAACCCCGACGAUAAAACUUGCAGCGAACUGUAUGGCCAGACCAAAGGGUUCUUGAACAUACUCGUGGCUGGCGGAGUUGUGUCACUGCCAGUUCUCCAAGCAAUGAUUCUUGUUGCGCUUUACGAAUAUUGCCACGCGGUCUACCCUGCCGCAUGGAUGAGCAUUGGAUUGUGCACUCGGUACAUCGAACUUGUGGGCGUAUCCUGGGCAACAAGAGACACGGCUUUCCAUGGAUCAACUGAUACCGUCGCGUUAAGAAAGCCUAUAUUGUGGUUCGAAACGGACGAUGAAGAAAGAAGGAGGUCAUGGUGGGCGGUAUUCAUACUUGAUCGACUUAUGUCUGUCGGAAGCAAGCGUCCAUGUGCUGUUCUGAGACCUCAGGAAGACAUGAAACUGACCAUGCUUGACGAUGACUGGGAAUCUCCCGACUAUGAUGCACUUGGGGACUACGAGUAUGACUGGUACCUUGAAAUUCCUGCAGAACGCUCCGGGUUCUCACGACUCUGUGAAGCCGCCCUCCUUACUGACCACGCACUCGUACUAUCCCGAAUUGAGGGCACACUCGAUCAAGCACAUAUUGAAGAUAUCAUCAGUCAUUCAAAGAAAAUACUAGAAUGGAUUGAUACAGUCGACCAAGAGUCAAAAUCUCCAGCCAGCACUGACCUUACUCUUCGACUGAUAGGACCCCGGUUCGCCGCUCGUUCGGCCCUGUUCCUUUGCGUCAGAAAGCUCACCUUGUGGGUAAAGAUUACCCCAGACGGCAAAUUCCUCGUAAAGCCUCAUCAUAAGGACGAAGCAGAGAGUCGUGAACUCAAAAAGAUCCAGAAGUGCUCAGCGAGGGCCGUCUGGCAGGCGAGUCUGGACGUACGAAACAUUGCGAAAGCGCUCUCCAACCAACUAUUCGACGGGGAGAACCCCAUCGGAAACCUUGCCAUUAUUUCGCCGUUCAUAUUCGAUGCCGUGUAUAAUGCAUCCGCCAACCUGCAUCGACUCUCAGAUGACGAAGCUGCCAGUCAAGCCGGUCAAUCUGACAUACUUGGUUUGACAACAUUCUUGGAUGAACUCAGUAUGCGAUGGGGAUCUGCAGGAGAAUACAGGAAGAUGUGUGCGAGGCACCUGGCCAGUAUGCAAGGACUGUUGACAGAGAAUUAA